UUCGGGGGUGAGUGAAAAUCACAAAAAAGAAAAGGAUAGAGUGGACGCUCGUCAUUCUGGUUUCUGUAUGCGCGAUAAGCGUGGCACAAUCAUUGCGCCUGUACGAGUCCGAUACCUUGGCCGUCCCUCUGCUUCUUCAGGACAAUCACAGACCGAUUACCUAGCACGAUCAAGAGAAUCGUGCCCCUCUGAUCCAACAUUCGCUAACGCGUCUACGGCUGACAUUCGCCAUCGCAAUCAGUCUACAACCAGAGAGAUCGCCCAUGCCUUUUGUGAUGUCGUAGUUCGACGGGAUGACUCGUUUUCAGGACGAUACAUUAAAACGGUUAGCGCAAUCGAUAUGCAGGCUGAGGCGUCAAGUUGCUUUUUCAGCGCGCGAAUUUGUCCAUACCAUCGUUGGCUAUUUUGCCAAUGACCCAACUACUCCAGAAUGGCUGCUUCUUUACUGCAAACUUGCCACCCUCGUGGGUUCGGCUUUGAACCUCGAUCUCGUCAUACUAGACUCUCCUGCACAGUUUCUCCUUCAACAACUGCAUCAGGUGCUAUCCAUGGACACACUACACGGUUGCCAAAUAUUCCAAGAGUACAUAGGUUCCAUGGUACUUUUAGCCGAUGUUGGAAACAGCCAAGCUAAAGAGUUGCUGGACGCCCUUUUGGAGAAAGAUCGUGCUCUCUUUGUCAAUUGGAGCAUCCAAAUGUCGACUUUAUCAUUGUACGAGCUGUAUUUACAGUUAUUAUGUGCUCACCCUUCGUUAAAUACAUUGGGUGAUCAAACUCGCCGCCAGAUCAUCUUGCAAGAUCUACAUCAGUUGCUGCUCCUGUCGCAAGGCAUGUCGGUAGAGUCCGUUGCAGAGCCCAAGGCAGUUGUAUGUGCGGCUACCGACCCCAUCUUUGUCUCUCGCAUAUCGAUUCUUGCUAUUUUUGCAAACUGUUUUGGCGAGUUUAAUGCUCAAACGCAAUGGCCGACUUUUAUGGACGAAAUGAUCAACCAAUCACCAGCACAGGGCACAGAAGGCUCGAUCAAAGAAAGUGGGCACAGGCACACCAUUUUAUUAUUGGCCGUCUUUAGUGCUGGAUGCAAAUCAUCAGGCGAUGAAGAAAUGGCGGUUCGUGCCGUGCAAAUUAUUGAGGAUGUUCACCGUAUUCUCAGCCAAGCUUUCACCGAUGCAAGGAAAGAAACCAUUCAAAAGGUGUUGGAGUGCAUGCAAAUAUUACUUUAUCAUCUGGGCCCCAUGAUCCAGUUUACUUAUACUCAGUGGUUCAUCAAAACAUUUGUCCAUUCGCAAACUACCUUGCUGACAUCGAAACGCUUGGGCCAGUUGUUCCUGGAUGUCUUGGGCACCAUGGUACCCAAUGAAUUGCCGGCCGUGUUGCAGAUCCAUGUAAGGGCCCUGACCGAUCAUCCAACAUUAUCGGCAGCUCCGUAUAUACGAUCAGCCAAGGAACAGCUGAUAAAACUUGGGAUGGCUGCGCAUCCGAACCAUGAUCCUCCGUCCAUUGUGGUCCCUGUAGCCUCUGACCGACGAUUUGCUUCUGUGUCAGGGUCGGAGGACAUCACCAACUACAUCAGCACUUUUGAAAGGACCGGAAGUAUUCCUAACCCGAUAUGGGAAGGUUCCAUCUUCCGUGUCAAAUGGUUCAGGACCACGUUUCUGCCAGCGCUCAUUGCUUGGCACCCAGACAGUCCCCAAUCGGAUCAUUUAUUGUCAGCGCGAAAUGAAUUGAUAGAGGCCCUCCGAAGGAAGAACAAAAUACCCGAGCCAUUAUACCAAGAAUUCUUGUCCAAGAAUAAAAUGUAAAUAAAUCGACAUGGCACAUCCUCGAUUCAUUAGAACCAGUCUUUAUAUUAUAGGUCACCAUAGAAACGGAAUGAAAGAACCAGAAUAAAGAACGAUAGAAUCAAAAAAAGUUGAUC